AAGAUGCCUAGGUAUGAUGAUCACCAUGGUUCAACAAGAGUUUAUGUUGGCCGUUUGUCAUCAAGAACAAGGACCCGCGAUUUGGAGGACAUGUUUAGCAGAUAUGGAAGAAUACGCGAUGUGGAUAUGAAGCGUGACUAUGCCUUUAUUGUAUGUAUUCUUUCCUUGUUACUUUUUUCUUUCUUUACUUUAUUACUAUUAUGUUAGAAGCAUUGGCUUGUCCUUUUCUGUACAAAGGCUACAAGUCAUAGUAGCCUUCUUUCUGUAUUGUUUACUGUCCUUGAAACAGGAAUUUGGUGAUCCUCGCGAUGCGGAUGAUGCAGUUUAUGCAUUAAAUGGCCGAGAUAUAGGUGGAAGCCGAAUCCUUGUUGAACUUGCAAGAGGGGGACCACGUCCUCCAGGUGGAUUUCGUGGAGAUUUGGCUAGGGGUCCCCCACCUGGUGCAGGGCGUUGCUUCAAUUGUGGUCUUGAUGGUCACUGGGCCCGAGACUGCAAAGCUGGAGACUGGAAGAACAAGUGCUAUCGCUGUGGGGAUCGUGGACAUAUUGAAAGGAACUGUCAAAACAGUCCCAAGAAACUCAAGCGUGAGAAGAGCUAUUCUCGUUCCCCUCCCCCGCGACGUGGGAGAAGCAGAAGCCCAAGGAGGAAUGUCAGCAGAAGCCGUAGCUACAGCCGGUCCAGAUCGCCUGCUCCAAAGAGAGAGGUAAGUAUUGAUAGGCACAGAUCUAGGAGCCGCAGUUAUAGCAGGAGUCCUCCAAAGAGGAGCAACAGGGCAUCACCGCCAGCUAAAGGCAGGAAACGCAGCCCAUCACCACCUGAGGAGGAGAGAAGCCAGUCACCACCGGCAAGGAAGGCGACAAAUGGAGGGUCGUCGGGAUACAACAGUAGAAGCCCAAGUCCAAGGGGAAGGAGCCUAAGUCCGGUAGGAAAGAGGAGGAGCCCAGGUCCAAUUGAGGAUGAUGAUGAAAGAGCAAGCCCUAGGGAUAAUAAGAGGAGCCCGGCAGUUUCAGAAGAGAAUGGUGGUGGGCGCAGUAGAAGUGGUAGUAGCCCAAUGGCUAAAGAUGAUGAUGAUGAUGAUAGGAGCCCUGCUGCUGCUCCUGCUUAUGAGGAGGAUGAGGAUGACAACAAUGGCUCCUCUCCAAGGUGAUGAUGAUAUCAUCAGAGUGUCCUUCUAAUGGAAAAGGAAUCAAAAUUAAUGUUAAGAAAGACAGACAGACAAGAUCAUGAUUUCUUCUCUUUUAAGCAUUUGGUUAUGCAAUUUUCUUGACAUGGAUGGAUGGGAUUUGUGUUGAACUCAUGUUUAUUCUCUUUCUUAUACUCAGAAUCAAACUGUAGUUGCCAAUAACUAUUUUAGGUUGAGUUUUAUUUGUAUGAAAAAUAUUUAUGUUUGUUGUUCCUUGAAC